UAAAUUCACGUGGUAUGAAUCAUUUUUAAUAUUUAAGUUUAAUUCCCUUAUUUCUGCAGAUUUUGUAUUAUUUUAUUCAAUAAAAUGACAGCGGAGGUAGAGGAUAUAAAACUCCUCAAGACUAUCGGAUUGAGUGAGCAAAAGGCGAAGGAGACUCUAAAAAACGCACAAGUUACAAAGCAAUUGAAAUCUGCAAUUUCUGAGGCAGUUAAAUAUGGUGAAAUCAAUGCAGAAAUCGGCACACUUUUGUACCAUUUGGCAUCAAAGGUCAAGGCGCAAGUCGCAGACAAGGUGCCAUUCGUGGCAAAAUACAUAGGCGAGAAAAAAUUGGACACAGUUUUAAGAGUCGAUGCGGCCUUAAAUUAUUUGCUGAGCAAUAUUAAAGAAACGGUCGAUGCAAAAGCUUUCGAAGAAGCUUGUGGUGUUGGAAUUGUAAUUACUCCCGAGCAAAUCGAAGAAGCUGUGGAGAAAUUGAUUCUCACGCACAAGGAGGAAAUCCUUGAAAAAAGAUAUCGAUAUAACGCUGGGCCUUUGAUGCAAGAAGUUCGCCAAUUUUUAAAAUGGGCGGACGGUAAAAACAUAAAAAACGAAGUAGACAUACAAUUGUUAGAUUUGUUGGGUCCUAGAACGGCAGCUGAUUUGGCUCCAGUUCCUAAGGAAUCGAAAAAGAAACAGAAGGCCCCUGAAAAGGACGCGAAGAAAAAAUCCAGCGUGGAUGCGCAAAAAGGCGAGGCUUCAAACGAUAAAGUGGAGGCUGAAACGAUAAGUGAGCUGAUGAAAACAAAAGUUCAUUUUCACAAACCUGGGGAAAAUUAUAAAACCGAAGGCUACGUUCUUACUCCAAAUACACAUAAAUUGUUAGAGGAACAUCUUCGUAUUACUGGUGGAAAAGUCAGAACGAGAUUUCCACCAGAGCCUAAUGGAAUUCUCCACAUUGGACACGCCAAAGCUAUCAAUAUUAAUUUCGGUUAUGCAGCUGCGUAUGAUGGUCUGUGUUUCCUUCGUUACGAUGAUACAAAUCCUGAAAAAGAAGAAGAAAAAUUCUUUGUGGGAAUUAAAGAUAUGGUUGAAUGGUUGGGAUACAGGCCCUAUAAAAUAACGCAUUCUUCAGAUAACUUUCAACAGCUGUACGAAUGGGCAGUAAAGCUGGUAGAAAAGGGUUUAGCAUACGUUUGUCAUCAAACAAGCGAACAAAUGAAAGGUUUUAAUCCACCUCCAAGUCCUUGGCGUGAAAGACCGAUUGAAGAAAGUUUAGAUCUCUUCCAGGACAUGAAAAAUGGAAUGUUGGAAGAAGGAGAAGCGACUCUUCGGAUGAAAGUAACUCUUGAAGAAGGAAAGCAAGAUCCAGUUGCUUACAGAAUAAAAUACGCCCCUCAUCACAGAACCGGAGAUCAGUGGUGCAUUUAUCCAACCUAUGAUUUUACUCACUGUUUGUGCGAUAGUAUCGAGCAUAUUACGCAUUCCCUUUGUACAAAAGAGUUUCAGUCUCGGAGGUCCUCGUAUUAUUGGCUCUGCAAUGCUUUGGAUAUUUAUUGUCCAGUUCAGUGGGAAUAUGGAAGAUUAAACGUCAGUUAUACCGUCGUUUCGAAGAGGAAGAUCGCUAAGUUAAUCGAUGAAGGAAUCGUCAAUGAUUGGGACGAUCCUAGGCUUUUUACGUUAACAGCCCUGCGUAGACGUGGAUUUCCUUCAGAGGCGAUCAACAAUUUCUGCGCCCAAAUAGGAGUGACCGGGGCCCAGGCUGUUGUAGAUCCUGGAGCUUUGGAAGCGGCCGUCAGGGACGUUUUAAAUCUCACAGCACCACGGCACAUGGUUGUUUUAGAUCCAGUUAAAAUUACAAUUACAAAUUUCCCCGGAGAUGCUCCAAUUAACAUUGAAGUACCAGACUUUCCGAACGAACCAGAAAAGAAAAAUCACAUCAUCACUUUUAGAGAAGUUGUAUAUAUCGAAGCUUCCGACUUCAAAGAAAUCGAUGAAAAAGGAUUCAGAAGACUUACGCCGAACCAAUCUGUAGGUCUUAAACACGCAGGAGUUGUUAUCACGCUCCAGUGUAUAGAAAAAGACGCAACUGGAAAAAUCACCAAUUUAAUAGCAAAACAAGAACCAGUCUCUGACAAAAAUAAGCCUAAGGCCUUUAUUCAUUGGGUUUCCAAUCCAACUCUCGCUUCUGUUCGACUUUAUGAACGCUUAUUUAAGCACAAAAAUCCGGAAGAUAUGAAUGAAGUACCCAAUGGAUAUUUAAGCGAUAUAAAUCCUGAAAGCAAAAAGGAAGUCGUCGCUUAUAUUGAUUCAUCUUUAGAAAAACAAUCGAAGCCUUUAGAAAAGUUUCAGUUCGAACGAAUUGGAUUCUUCUGCGCUGAUACUGAUUCAAAAUCCGGCAAAGUGGUAUUCAACAGGACAGUAACGUUGAAGGAAGACGCAGGAAAAGUGUGAGAGGAAACAAGUACGAUCAAGCUUCAUAUAUUUUAAUACUUAAUGUUCAUAAAAUACAUAUAAUACAAGAUUGCAGGUUCGUCCAAGAAGUUUUGUAAAUGGAAAGACUCCAGUGAAAGUUCUUCCUACAUUUUUUUAUACUUAACUAUUUUAAUUUGUCUGUGGAUUAAAUGUGCGAAAUACUAUAUCGUUCGUUUUGUCUUUUAGACUACAUAUUCAAAGAUGAAUUAGUAAUUUUAAGUUCCAGAAUAUUUUGGUAGUUUUAGAAAUUAGUUCAUCAUGCAGGAUUCGUAAGUCGGUACCAUGUACUUAAUAUUAAUGAAAGCAUCCUCACCGCCGUAUCUUUCCAGAAUUUCUAAAGUUUCUUGAAUAAGAUCAGAUGGAUUUUCACCUCGUUGUUGAGAAUAGUCGAUACCUUCUCCGAGGUUCACUGAAAAUAGAUCUUUUUUUCAAUUCGAAAAAUUGUACAAGACCACAAAAUAAAAAGUUUCUAAUUUAUGA